GUUCGUGUAAAUUAUAACUUUUUCUAACUGAUUAGUAAAGCGCCCGCGAAACAUAGGUUGCUUAUCCUGCCAUUAUAAGAAUGUGAACCACCACAUCCAAGUGGCACUGCACUGAGUAGAUUCAACGCCGUUGCUCUACUACAAGUCUUUUUUAGAGUGGUGCACAGUAUUGGCCCCUUCACUCUCGUGAACUGCUUGGGCAAUGGAGAAUCUCAUUCGAUCGCACCUGCAAAUCAUGGAGCUCCCUCCGGGAAAGUUGGCAGGAAACUGCGAGGAAUGGCCGUGCAGCAGCGAAGCCGAAAACUCAAGUCAAACGGUAGGCGAGCGCAAGAACAUCUUGCUAGCGGCUACAACGCAAGCACCAAUACAAGAGGGCAUUGUGCACUCUCCGUACAAGCAAUCCAAGACAGUGCUGCUGUCAUUUUCUGAAUUCCUCACUGAAAAACUUCGACCCCACGGAAACAGAAUUGCACUGACCGAUGGAGAGAGGAGCGUUACCUAUAAACAACUUCUGAAGAAAUUUCGCUGCUGCGCCGCCAUGUUUCAAGCUCAUCACGUUGGUCCUGGAGACAAAGUAUACUGCCAUUUAGAAAACAGCAUCGAAGCUUUUGUGGCACUCUACAGCAUUGGCGUUGCCGGGGCUACCGUUGUCCUGAGUGAUCCAGAAUACAAAGAAGGAGAGGUUCAACAGCACAUGAAAAACUGUGACGCGACAUGUGUGGUGACUGACCUUCGCCAUUCAUUCAAGUUCAGUCCUGGAGACCGAGACAAUGGCAUAAAGGCAUAUUUCGCUGUUGGUGACGUGCUUGGAUUUAUUUCAAUUUCCAACUUUGACACAUACAAUGAAGAGGAUUACCAAGAGGUCAGAAGGUGCCCAGGACGCGUCCUUGUCAUGGCAUACACCUCUGGAACAAGUGGCCAAUCCAAAAGCGUUGAAAUCACAGAGGAGCGAUUCCUUCGAAAAGUCUGCGGCAUGGAAGUCACCGGCCUGUACAGCGCGGACGACGUCUGUCUGGCUUGCGAAUACCUCACCAUAUACCUGUCAUUUUCCUUCAACUUCAAGUUCAUAUGCUGUGGUGCCCGCCUGGUGAUCAGUGACAAGUAUUGGUCCGUGCGGGACUUUCUUUCAACGGCCAAAAAUGAAAAGGUGUCCUUUCUUAUGACGACACCUUCGGUGCUGUAUCUGCUGGCAAGCGCAGUCGCGGCUACGGGUACGAGGCUUCCAUCACUGAGGAAGGUGGUCAGCUUAGGUGGAACUCUGCCGAAGAGCACGGCGGGGCUGGUGAUCUCGGCAUUGAAGCCAACGGAAUUCAGGAACGUGUAUGGCCUGUCUGAGGCGAGCGGAGUCGUCUGCUGCCCCCCAGCUGGCCAGUUAUGCUUCGACAGCGUGGGCUUUCCUGUUGCCGACACACAGGUGAAGAUCUGUGAUCCGAAGUCCAAGAAGACGAUGGCUCCGCUGGAACGUGGUGAAAUAAUGGUGCGCUCGCCGAACAUGAUGGUAGGUUACUACAAUCACUGCGAGGCAACAGCUGCCGCUCUCGACGUUGACGGCUGGCUUUGCACAGGGGACAUGGGCUACUACGACGUCUCUGGUCUGCUAUUUGUGACCGAGCGGCUGAAAAGCGUCAUCAAGUGCCUAGACACCAAGGUGGAGCCCUUCGAGGUAGAGCAAUGCGUUCUAGAGCUUCACUAUGUGGCCGAAGUAGCCGUGCUCGGGGUGGCGCACCCGGUGCUCGGAGAGGCACCGGCCGCCAUUGUGGUCCUGCGACGAGAAUGGAAGGCGGAGAAACAGUGCCACAUCGCAAAGCGGAUCAAAGAACACGUGGCAGAGAGAUUGGCUAUUUACAAGGGACUACACGGCGGGAUAGCUUUCGCUGAAGAGCUGCCCAAAAACAGAAGAGGGAAACUGCUGAAGCACCUUCUGAUGACUGAGUUUGUAAAGCUUAAGAAGGCCGGAACCUUUUAUUAAACGCUGUCGAGGACAUA